AUGAAGGGCGCAACACUCGUCAUCGCGCUGCUCGCCGCUACCGGAGCGGCAUGCGGAAUUCCCAGCACUGGAACCACCCCGCUGAGGGAGGAGGCCGGCAACUGCAAGACGGACAUUCUCGUCGGGUCCGGAGCGAUCAAUCCGUCCUACCUCAACGAUCCUCGGUUUGCGGCCGUCCUUGCCAAGCAGUUCAACAGUCUCUCUCCUGAAAACGAGCUGAAGUGGUCGCUCAUUCACCCGACCGAGGGCGACUUCACCUGGGAAACGAUCGACCGCCUCGUUGAUUUCGCGGGGGCCAACGGCAUGGCGGUCAAGGGACACGGGCUCAUCUCGAGCUGCUGUAACCCCAGCUACCUGCUCAACAUCACGGACCCCACAGCGUUUCGUGCUGCGAUGAAGGCUCAUUUCGAGGCAGUCAUGCAUCGGUACAGCGGCAAGAUGGAUCGGUGGGAUGUCGUUACCGAAGCCCUCGAAACUCAGGGCGGUGGCCUGCAAGCCAACGACUUCUACAAGGUGCUUGGUCCCGGCUACAUUGAAGAGGCCUUCCGCAUCGCCCGGGCAGCAGUUCCUGACGCCAAGCUGUUCAUCAACGAGAAUCUCGUCGAGUCACUCCCCGGCAAACGUCAGGAACUCCACGACUUGGUCUCUCGACUCGUGGCAAACGACGUCCCGAUCGACGGAGUGGCCCUGCAGAUGCACAUCACCGAAGUCGCUCCGAUGCCAGGCGUCAUCACGGACAUAGUCAACUCGUACCAGGCUCUCGGACUGGAAGUAACCAUUGCGGAAAUGGAUGUCCACACACUCAACGCCACACUCCAGGCCGAUAUCUACGGCGCCGUAAUCAAUGAGGCUCUGAACGCAGGCAUCACCGACAUUAGCUUCUGGGGCUUCACGGAUAAGCACGCUUACACCUGGCUGCCGGGUGCGAAGCCCCUGAUGUUCGACGAGAAAUAUCAAGCCAAGGCUGCGUUUUACGCCACUCACACUGCCCUGGCGAACUUUUGUCAAGUACGCCCCUAG